AUGGUUAAGCAGGGGAUUGUCCUAGGCCACUUGAUUUCUAACAGGGGUAUUGAGGUUGAUAAGGCCAAAAUUGAUGUAAUUGCAAAGCUGCCACCACCGACAGCUGUUAAAAGUGUUCGAUCUUUUCUUGGUCAUGCUGGGUUUUACAGACGGUUUAUCAAGGAUUUCUCCAAGAUUAGCCGACCAUUGUGUAAUUUGUUGGCUAAGGAUGCUCCUUUUGUCUUUGAUGAUGCUUGUUUGGAGGCUUUCAACAAGUUAAAGACACUCCUCACUACAGCACCCAUUAUUGCAGCACCUAAUUGGAGUUUACCUUUCGAAUUGAUGUGUGAUGCUUCAGAUUACGCAGUAGGAGCGGUUCUUGGACAGCGGAAAGAUAAGCUUCCCCAAGUCAUUCAUUAUGCUAGUCGAACUCUCAAUGACGCACAGCUAAACUAUGCGACCACAGAGAAGGAAUUGUUGGCAGUUGUUUUUGCAUUAGAAAAAUUUCGGUCUUACUUAGUUGGGGCUAAGGUGAUUGUUUACACAGAUCAUGCAGCUUUGAAGUAUUUGUUGUCGAAGAAAGACGCUAAGCCUCGAUUAAUUCGUUGGAUUCUUUUACUGCAAGAGUUUGACUUAGAAAUCAGGGAUAAGAAGGGUAGUGAAAAUGUUGUGGCUGAUCAUUUGUCCAGGUUGAUUGUGCCAAUUUCUGCUGAAGCUGACUUGCUGCCUUUAAAUGAAAGUUUUCCGGAUGAACAGCUGUUUGCUGCCCAUAUCAUUUCACCAUGGUUUGCUGAUUUAGUUAAUUAUUUGGCUAGAGGGGUACUUCAUCCAGAUUUUACUUUCCAGCAGAAAAAGAAAUUUUUGGCAGAAGCAAAGUAUUAUUUUUGGGAUGAACCAUAUUUAUACAAAUAUUGUUCCGACCAAGUUAUUCGCAGGUGUAUUCCAGAAGAAGAGCAUGAAAGUGUUUUAAAGUUUGCACAUCAGUAUGCUUGUGGGGGACAUUUUGGCCCUAAACGGACAGCAGCUAAAAUUUUGCAGAGUGGAUUGUUUUGGCCUACUCUCUUCAGGGAUGCUAAUAGUUGGUGUAGAUCUUGUGAUCGUUGUCAAAGGGUGGGUAAUCAGUCCAAAAGAAACGAAAUGCCACAACAAAGUAUAUUAGUCGUUGAAUUAUUUGAUGUUUGGGGUAUUGAUUUCAUGGGACCAUUCCCAAUGUCCCAUGGCAAUCAGUAUAUUUUGGUGGCUGUUGAAUAUGUCUCUAAAUGGGUCGAGGCAAUUGCAGCACCAACCAAUCAAGGAUCAGUUGUUCUGAAAUUCCUCCAGGGGGUAAUUUUUCCACGAUUUGGAACACCGCGUGUCAUUCUAAGUGAUGGGGGUAAGCACUUUGUUAAUAGAUCGUUUGCUACGUUGCUAGCUAAGUAUGGGAUCACCCAUCGUGUUGCUACUCCUUAUCAUCCACAAACAUCAGGACAGGUUGAAGUUUCAAAUAGAGAAAUCAAGCGAAUUCUUGAAAAAACAGUUAGCUCGACUCGAAAAGACUGGGGUUUGAAAUUGAGUGAUGCUCUCUGGGCGUACAGAACAGCAUUUAAAGGCCCAAUUGGGAUGUCCCCAUUUCGGCUGGUUUAUGGUAAGGCUUGUCAUUUACCUAUGGAGCUAGAGCAUAAGGCAUUUUGGGCUAUUAAAGAGUUGAAUUUUUCUUAUGAUUCUGCUGGAGAAAAACGUAAAUUGCAGAUUAAUGAGCUUGAGGAAAUUCGUAAUGAUGCUUAUGAGAGCUCGCGCAUUUACAAAGAAAAAACCAAGGCAUUUCAUGACAAUCAGAUUCUCAGAAAGAAUUUUCAUCCAGGGCAAAAAGUUUUGUUAUUCAGUUCAAGGUUGAAGUUGUUUCCAGGGAAGUUAAAGUCUCGUUGGAAUGGCCCAUAUUUGGUUACUAAGGUUUAUCCUCAUGGGGCGGUUGAUAUUACAAGUGAAAUUAAUGGCAACACAUUCAAAGUGAACGGUCACAGGCUGAAACCAUAUUUGGAGUCACCCUUCGAUAUUGCACGCGAGUCACUGACUCUGAAGGAACCAGUGAUCUGA